AUGGAGAUCUACGUCAGACUGAACAACGACCUGGAAAACGACAACGCCUUCCAGAUCUCAAGAGAGGACACUAUCAAGGACAAACUGGUCCACAUCUUCCCCAGGGACAAGAAUCCAAAGUCUCUCUCAGAUGUAAUGGUGCUAAGACCAACCGUCUUCCAUAACUACGCCCCAGACUACUUCUGCAAGUCCGUUCACCAAGGUUACUUGUCCGAGGGGGGCUGUCUCUUAUUCCAUUACGACGCCGCUGAUGACAAAUACUUGACCAAAUUGGAUGAGGAUAAACCAUUAUUCGAUCAAUUAUGGCCCGGUCAAUUAAUCGUCCCCAAAUGGUCCUAUAACAAAUGGAACCUUUUCACUUAUACCGCUAUCAUCUUGCUUUGGUUGUAUACAGAUUUACCAGACGUCGUCUCCCCAACUCCAGGUAUCUGUGUGACAAAUCAAUUAUCUAGAAUGAUCAUCCCCAUCCUGGAAUACAUGGAACGUCCAACUUUGGCAAGUAAGCUAAGAGAGGAAAUCCAAGUCAAUUAUUCUUCAUUCUGGGCUCAAUGGGCUUUCUUCCUAUUGCAUGUCAUUAAAGUCUCCGUAUUGACUUUAUUCUUAAGAUUAGGGAUCGCUAACCCAAUCACUUUCAACCCAAUUAAGGUCUAUCAAUUCCAAAAUGGGAAUGCGGUAAGUAGUGAUCAUGUUAAGGCAAUCUUGAAAUCUAUCGGAUGGAUCGGUUCCAGAAGAGGUACUUACGAUCAAUAUCAAUCUAAUUUCUACAGUUAUACCAUUAAGAAGUAUGGUGGUCCAGUACAAGCUUACAGAGCCGGUGUCAUUAAGACCGCUGCCAAUCCAGGUGUCGAAUUAAACGCUGGUGAAGGGUUCCAAACUCCAUUGGAUCAAAGAUUUACUAAUUCCACUUUUGAAACAAUGGAAUCUCAAGGUAAAUUCGUCCUAAGUGAAGAAUAUUUCAUCGAAUUGGAAGACAAUUUGAAGGAAAACUUGAAUAAAUGUAAUGGCGACAUUGGUAAGAUGAAUGAAGAAAUUAGAAGAUUUAGAAAAUUCGGUAUCUAUGAACCAUCUGAAAAGUUGGCAAAGAUGGUCCAAAAGAGGAAACAAGUCGCCAAGGAGCAAAAGGAACAAGAAGAAGAAGUGCAAAAAAGUGCCAAAUUGGAAAAGAAGGAAGCCAAGAAGGAACAAUAA